AUGUCACCCCGUAAAUCUGCACAUCAAAAAAAACCAACAAAAAAGGCUAGUGCCAAUACAGCACUAGUACCACAGUCUUGCAAUCCAAAAAGCCGUGCACCUAAUGCUAAGCCCUCACCAAAGAAGAGUCAAAAACAACGAGCUCCAAGUCCUGAGACCAGUGAGGAAGAUUCAGGCAGUGAUGUCAGCAUCACAAGUGCAGCAUCUAUCAAGAUUGUGGAUGAUGUGCCUGACAUAAGGGAGCCAGAGAUUCUCAAAGUUGAUGAACUGGACCAGGAGAAUGAGGAUGGGGAUGAAGAUAAAGCUGAACUGGAUGAAGCUGGACUGGAUGACGACAAUGUAUGA